AUGCGACAAAAUUCACGACUCGCCAGGGCCCUCGUUUUUCCGCUUCUAUACGGAUUGGCAGCCGCUGACACCUGCCUCAGUCAGGGCGAACUCGCCGGAGUCGUGUUCGGCUCCGUCUUCGGCACGCUCGUCAUUUGCGCGUGCAUCGGAGCCGCGCUGUACUGCUUCCUGUGGCGACAGCCAAAAUCAAAAAUCGCCCACGCCAAAACGAACCACCUACCCCCGACCGCGACAAAAACAACGGAGCGUGGGUGCGACCCGGAAAAUGUACCCCAUUCCGACAAGUUCACCCUCAUCGACUCGUACAAAUUGAGGCGAAAGUCCGAUUUUGCGCAGCAGAAGAGCUUCUCGAGCGAGGAUGUCAAUGAGGUAGAAGCCGUGGCAGCCGUCGACUUGUCCUCAAAAUCCCUGCAGGGCCUUGGCUUCUCCGUUCGAGGCUCCAUGGGUGAAGGGAUCUUCAUCCGCGAGGUGGUCGAGGAUGGGCCGGCCGAUGCGUCGAAGAAUGUUUUCCCAGGCGACCGCAUCCGCGGCCUCUGGAUCAGCUUCGACGAGAUGGUGUUCAGCGACGCGGUGACGAUAUUGUCGUAUGCUUCUCCGUAUAAGGUGAAGCUCGAGCUGGAGCGCAAGGUGGCCGAGACGCCGACGCUGGAAAUCGACACCCAAGCCCCCGCAACCCUCCUCCACCACCCCCUCUUCCGCAGCAACUCCCUCCGGCAGCGCGUCCAGUUCAACCCGACCUCAUGCUCCCCACCAAUUCGAGUGGAGUCUGAGUCGACCACCCAGAAAUUCGCCCUCCCCUCCCCGAGAAAGGAGGAGAAGCCGGAGCUACAGCGCGAGAAGAGCUACGAGUCGAUCCCGACGCCGAGGGAUCCAACCCCCGAGCCCGAACCUGAGCCCCAGCAGAUCGACGAGGAGAAAGACGUCUCCUCGAAGCAGCACUCAAAAAUGUCGUCCAGCGACUACUCGUCGACUUCUGAUGUAUCGUCGAUGAGCAAGGAGGCAGUCCCCCAGCCCCCCGUCGAGCUGUCCGUCAGCCCAACGCCUCCGGUGGCCGAGAUCUGUGCGCCAGUGCCGAGUAAAAUCUCGAGGCUUUGCGAUCAGCCCCCUCCCCAAGCCAAGGCGCCCGAUUUCACGGAAGCGCGCGUCUCCCGGAUACCGAGGAGGGACAGCGAGAAUUCCAUCAUUAUCGAACGAAAACUCCCCCGAGUGCCUUCUGGCUCGUUAAACAGGAGCAACACAAUGGAGCAAGACGCCACCAUCUGGAGCCGCCUCUACCAGGAGAAGAAGGGCCAGCUUAAGAAGACGCGCGAAAAGGAGGGAAGAGCGAAAUCCGAAGAUGCCAUCUACGGCACCCUCCGCGGCGACCAUCGACGCCGUCUGACGCAGAAUGAGGAGCAGCUGGAGCGGCAGAUUGCCGAGCUCCGCCAGCUGGGCGUGUUG